UUUACCGCAAGAUCAACAAUUUGCGCAAGAUCGAAUAGAAAUGGAAUUCUUUCAACCAUCCGUAUGACGUAUGCAAGCAUGCACUUGUUUUUUUCUUGAAUUCGCCUUAUAAGGCAAAGUGACUGCACACGUAAUGCAUCGGUGGACGACGCGAAAUUCGGCGGCCCGUUGACGUCAUCAAGCAGACUCAGAGGAUUUCGGGCAAGGUUGAAGCGAGCGGCGUGAGUGUGCGCUGCGUUGCCGCCGUUCCAUGCUGCGCUUCGAACUCGAGCAACACAAGCCAAGAAGCAGCCGACACGACCGGAAGGUCUCCCGCCUGAACUCAGAUUCGGCCCGAAAUUCGGCUCGCCAGUCGUGGUGAUCGCGACGACGUUAUCGCUGCUCGGCUGAUAAGGAAGAGCGAGAGGCGACCUGGCACGUUAUCACUUCAGCAACUUCGGCAAGGCCAAGUAUGGCCAAGUUGUGAGUUCGGCGCCGUGGACUCCGGUUGGCAAAUUCCACCAGGACCAAGAGGAAGAACCGACCACCUCCAGGAUGAUGUCCAACGGCCAAGUCGUGGGCGACGGCUCGUGGAACCUGCGGGUCUUCGUCACCGACCUCGAAAUGGAGCGCACCUUGCGGGUCAAGGGUGAUUUGCACAUCGGAGGAGUGAUGCUGCGACUCGUCGAGGAUUUGGAGAUCACAAUGGACUGGUCAGAACACGCCCUUUGGUGGCCAACAAAAAACAGAUGGCUCCUCCGAACGAGAUCCACCCUGGACCAGUGCGGCGUGGGUGCAGACGCCGUUCUCCACUUCACACCGAUGAAGAAGCGACUCAGGGUCCAACUGCCAGACCUGCGUUACCUGGACGCCACCGUCGACUUCUCGGUCAAGACCUUCAACGCCGUCGUCACUUUGUGCAGAGAGCUUGGAAUUCGCCACCCAGAGGAGCUCUCCUUCUGCAAGCCCCUGGAGCCGAACCACCUGAAAUACAACCUGAAGGACAUGCCUCGCAAGCGGCACGAGAACGGCCACGUCCCGGCCGACACCAACACCUUCAUCGCAGCAGCAGACCCACACAGUUCAAACAGCUCGCUGGAGCAGAGCAACUCGACGCCCUUCUUGUGCGCUCCUGUUUCGCCUCCGAGGAACAACCAUAACCACAGUGCUGCAACCACACCAAUCAGCUCGCCACUUAACACCACUGGCACUUGGAAGAGAAACAAUCAGACCAACGGAGGUCCUCUGUUCAACGGGUCCAACGACUCGACCUACUCCAACAACGUUCUGUCCAUCGAGGCUUUGAACGGCAGUCUUGACUCGUCUUUGGCCUCCAGUCCGGCACACCCAAGUCCAGAAGCGCGCUCCAAGCUGCUGCGGCCAAAAACUCUGAUCGAGAGGGCGCGAAUGAACGUGGCCUGGCUCGACUCUUCCCUCUCCAUCAUGGAGCAGGGCAUCCGGGAGUACGGCACCCUUUGCCUGCGCUUUAAGUUCUACUCAUUCUACGACCUCAACCCCAAGUACGACUCGGUCAGGAUCAACCAGAUCUUUGAGCAGGCAAAGUGGCAAAUCAUCAACGAGGAAAUCGAUUGCACCGAGGAGGAGAUGCUCAUGUUUGCUUCUCUGCAGGUCCAAGUAAACCUUCAGGCAGGCCUGAAACAGCCUCAGUUCGAGGACUCCAUGCGCGAGGAAAAUAAUGACGAAGAUGAUAUUGAUGCUGCCCUCACCGACCUUCAGGUCACACUGGAAGGGUCAAACAUCAGCCGUGGCCCAAAUGAUAUCACCUAUGUCCCAGAGCUUUCAGGAUACAUGAGAUUCCUCAAGCCAAAGAGGUUCACUCUGCGCGCCUUCAAGCGUUACUGGUUCACCUGCCGUGACCUGAGAUUGGAACUUUAUCGCUCCCGGGAGGACGCAAACGCUGGCGCCCAGUAUGCCCACCUGAUCAACCUAAGGGGCUGUGAAGUCACGCCCGACGUCAACAUCUCCCAGGGCAAAUACGGUAUCAGAUUGGAAGUGCCGAGCGCGGACGGAAUGUCCGAAAUGUGGAUCAGAUGCGAAGGGGAGGAGCAGUACGCUAAUUGGAUGGCCGCUUGUCGCCUGGCCUCAAAGGGAAGGACCUUGGCCGACAGCACGUACGACAACGAGGUAAAAACCAUCCAGGCUUUCCUCUCGAUGCAGCAUCCAGCACAGGCUCCGGCCAUCAACCCCGCUGGUCUGGGUCUGGACAUCACACCUGAAGAUUACGUUGCACCAAGAUAUAUAAGGAAGUUGAAGAGCAAGCUGGUCCAGCGAAUCCUUGAAGCCCAUGCAAACGUCAAGGACCUGAACCUGAUCGAGGCCAAGAUGAACUACAUCAAAGCAUGGCAGUCGCUGCCAGAAUACGGAAUUUCCCUCUUCAUUGUCAAAUUCAUGGGUCACAAGAAGGAAGAAAUGCUCGGCGUGGCAUUCAACAGAAUAAUGAGGAUGGAGAUGAACUCCGGAGACCAUCUCAAGACCUGGAGAUACAACACAAUGAAGGCUUGGAAUGUCAACUGGGAGGUCAAGCACAUGAUGGUGCAGUUUGAAGAGGAGAAUAUAGUUUUCAGCUGUCUGUCGGCAGAUUGCAAAGUAGUCCACGAGUUUAUCGGUGGCUACAUCUUCCUCUCGAUGAGAUCUAAAGAAGCAAAUCAAACCUUGAACGAGGAACUUUUCCACAAACUCACUGGCGGUUGGGUUUAAAUCAAUAUUCUUUUGUGUACAAUAGUGUUCGUAGCACUAAAUAAUGAAAGAAAAUGGGGAGUCGCUAAAUGUGCCAUUGGCUUACAAGAACUUAUGUUUUCCGUAAAGUUUGCAUGAUAGCGCUUGAUUGCAAAUAACAGCCCAAUGUAUUAUUUAAUUUUCAUCUUUUUUUUAAGUUUUAAUGAAUGGACUUCUGCUCGGCAGGUGAAACAGUGACGAGUGAACAUAGUUUUGUUAAUGAAAGCAAAUUUUUUUUACGUGCAGUAUUGGAAGAUGCCGGUUUCAGUUUUUAGACUCGACGAGUUUGUUAUAUUCGAUUUGUUUUGUACAGCAGAUUUAGCAAACGAUGAACUACUGGACUCUGAUUUUUCGAAACAGUUGCAUGACGCACACUCGUGACAGGAAGAAAAUCUUUUUGUGAUACUAAAACAAGAUAACGAGGCACAGAAGAUGCCUGUUAACAACAGUUUUUUUUCUUAUACUGUAUUAUACACACACACUACUGAAAGUUUUUUAAUCAAUGACGCAACACUCUAUUUUUUAUCCUUACUUUACCACACCCGCAAAACAAACAAACAAACCGUAUAGAAGUGUUGCUAAAGUAAAACUUGCGGUAGGGAGUUAUAAUGUCUUAAUUUUAGCAAAGAGGUAAAACAAUAACUAUUUCCUUAAAUUUAGUUGUUGAUGUAGUUGGUAAGCAACGUAAUGGAUAACUCAAGGAUUGGACAAAGAUGCAGAAAUAUAUUUCAGGAAAAGUAUAUAUCAUAUUGUAAUCUCUGUUGAUACUGCUUCUUGGCUAUCAAAUUAUACAUAAUACCGUGCAAAGGCCGUAUAUAAAUAUUUGUAACAUAUUAAAUAAAGCUAAUCAUUUUGUUAAUGGUAAAUCAAA